UCCUGUGGAUGCCGGCUGUCCUGUCCGAUCUGCUGCUUGUCUGCCGUGUCCUUAGAUUUGGGGAUACAGGAUGUGACUGAAGUGUCCCGUGCGGGGGACUCCGAAUUGCUUCUGCUACCCCAGCGGUGGCGCUUACAUUCUGGAUGUUAGAGCUGCACGUUCCACACCAUGCAUGCAGUCGGGCUCAGCGUGGUCCCCAGGAAGCUAAGUCUGGCCCUGUGGGUGAUAAGUGUGGCUGCUCGUCUCCUGUCCUCUCAUGCCCAGGUGUACUCUCAGACUGUGAACACGCACUACGGCAAGUUGCGCGGCAUGCGGGUGUCCUUACCCAACGACAUCUUGGGCCCCGUGGAUCAGUACCUGGGGGUGCCCUAUGCAGCACCUCCCAUGGGAGAGAAGCGUUUCCUUCCACCUGAACCCCCUCCCUCCUGGUCGGGCAUAAGGAACGCCACCCACUUUUCGCCCGUGUGCCCGCAGAACAUACAGAACGCGGUGCCGGAUAUCAUGAUGCCGGUCUGGUUCACCUCAAACCUGGACACUGUGACCGGAUACCUCCAAGAGCAGAACGAGGACUGCCUGUAUCUUAACAUCUAUGUUCCCACAGAGGAUGUAAAACGGAUUUCCAAGGAGUGUGUCCGAAAACCCAACAAGAAAAUAUGUAGGAAAGGAGGACCCAGCGCUAAGAAACAGGGGGAAGAGAUAUCGGAUAAUGACGAAGACGAGGAAGGAGGUACUUGCUGGCUGAGGCUGAUGCAUGGAACCCAUUUAUCAUCAUCCUUUUCCUCCCCUCCUCUCCUCUCCUCCUCACGUAUAUUAGAGCUAUUAGAGGGUUAUCUCCCGGUUUUUUUUUCCAUUGUGCACUUCUCAUCUUUAAUCCCCGGCCAUCCACCACUCUGUUUCAUCCCCCUACCCUGUUUGGUUCCUCGGUUACAAUUAGCUGUGGGAAAUGGAAGCGUGCUCGCCAGCUACGGCAAUGUCAUAGUGAUCACCUUGAACUAUCGUGUGGGCGUCCUGGGAUUCCUGAGUACGGGCGAUCAGGCAGCUAAAGGCAAUUACGGCCUUCUCGAUCAGAUCCAGGCUCUGCGUUGGGUGAGCGAGAAUGUGGCGUUUUUUGGCGGCGACCCUCACCGGAUCACGGUUUUUGGUUCCGGUAUCGGAGCAUCUUGUGUCAGCCUCCUGACUCUGUCUCAUCACUCGGAAGGUCUGUUCCAGAGAGCGAUCAUACAAAGCGGAUCAGCUCUUUCCAGCUGGGCCGUCAAUUACCAACCCGUGAAGUACACGCGACUACUGGCCGAGAAAGUGGGCUGCAACGUGCUAGACACCGUCGACAUGGUGGACUGCUUGCGCCAGAAAACGGCCAAAGAACUGGUGGAGCAAGAUAUCCAGCCGGCCCGGUAUCACGUCGCCUUUGGACCUGUCAUCGAUGGCGAUGUCAUUCCAGAUGACCCGGAGAUCCUCAUGGAGCAAGGAGAGUUCCUCAACUACGAUAUAAUGCUGGGGGUCAACCAAGGGGAGGGGCUCAAGUUUGUGGAGAACGUGGUGGACGCAGAAGACGGCGUCUCUGGAAGCGACUUCGACUACUCAGUGUCUAACUUUGUGGACAACCUGUAUGGGUACCCGGAAGGCAAGGACACGCUUCGCGAGACCAUCAAGUUCAUGUACACGGAUUGGGCGGACCGGGACAAUCCAGAGACUCGACGCAAAACGUUGGUGGCUUUGUUCACUGACCACCAGUGGGUGGAGCCGUCGGUGGUGACCGCCGAUUUACACGCUCGUUACGGCUCGCCGACUUAUUUUUAUGCCUUUUACCAUCACUGUCAGAGCUUGAUGAAACCAGCCUGGUCCGAUGCUGCCCACGGCGACGAGUUGCCCUACGUUUUUGGCGUCCCGAUGGUGGGCCCUACAGAUUUAUUCCCCUGCAAUUUCUCCAAGAAUGACGUCAUGUUGAGUGCUGUAGUCAUGACCUACUGGACCAACUUUGCUAAAACAGGUGACCCCAACAAACCCGUCCCGCAGGAUACAAAGUUCAUCCAUACUAAGGCGAACCGUUUUGAGGAGGUGGCCUGGUCUAAAUACAAUCCCCGGGAUCAGCUCUAUCUGCAUAUUGGCCUGAAGCCACGCGUACGUGACCACUACCGAGCCACCAAGGUGGCCUUCUGGAAACAUCUAGUGCCGCACCUUUAUAACCUACACGACAUGUUCCAUUACACGUCUACUACGACCAAGGUGCCGCCCUCUGAUACCACUCAGAAUUCGCAUAUCACCCGCAGGCCCAAGGUUUGGGGUACGAAGCAUCCGGGUGUCUCGCCCACACUUAACGGCCUGUCAGCCACGUGGCACCCUGGGGUGGAUCCAGUGGAUCCCGUCGUCAUCCAGGAUCCGAGGGACUAUUCCACGGAGCUCAGCGUCACCAUUGCUGUGGGUGCUUCUCUUUUAUUCCUCAACGUGCUGGCCUUUGCCGCUCUGUAUUACCGCAAUGAUAAGCGGCGUCAGGACACACAGCGCCAGCCCAGUCCGCAGCGAGCCUCGGCCACGCGGGACCCCACACACAGCCCCGUACCUCCCGAGGAGCUCAAUUCACUGCAAAUAAAUGCUGGACACCCCGAUUGCGAGGGAGGAGGAGUCUCCGGCCAUGACAACCUGCGCCUCGCCACGCUUUCCGACUACACCCUUACAUUACGUCGUUCCCCUGAUGACAUUCCACUCAUGACCCCUAACACCAUCACCAUGAUCCCAAAUUCUCUGGUGGGACUGCAAAGCCUUCACCCCUACAACACCUUUUCUGCAGGCUUCAACAGCACCGGUCUCCCCCACUCACACUCCACCACCAGAGUAUAGCACCCCACCACGUUGCUCUUCCUCCUUGCCCUGACACCGAGUCUACACGAGGGUGUCCGAGACAAGGAAGAGGCUAAAUGACACAUUCCAUACCCCCCAAAGAAGAAGGGGGACAGGUGUGGGGCUUUGCUUCUGAUACGGAAAGGGUCGAUUCGGUCAUGACCCACCAAGGACACACUUGUGGUGUGCUCUUGUCUCCUAAAGUGCUUUUACCUUUGUGGAGGCACGUAGAGUGAGGGAAGCUUAGGGUGAGGGGAACAUUUCUUUGCAGAUCAAGGCCUGUGACUCGGAAGUUGAAGAUCCUGAUUGAGGAAGAGGCCGGAGGGAAACAAGCCCAAUGUAUCGUCCCUUAACUUUUCCACAAAGCUUUUCAUCAAACGUUCACCAUUUCGACUUUCCAGUUCCUGUAAACCCUCACCGUCUGUACAUGUGGAGAACCUGAUCUGGUGCGGAACAGACGACGGAACGUCUACCUUACUAGCAUAGAAGGACUGGGGAACGAGUAGUAGGCUCUGAUAGAGAUCAUAUUUCUAAAGUUU